AUGAAGCGUAAACCUUCCAGUACUGCCGCUUCUAACGCCUCUACUACGAAACGUCGACGUUAUCAAUCUCCUACUGCCUCUACAGCAUCGUGUGCUUCAUAUGAUCCUCACUCGAAGCAAGAAAGUUGUCAUUCUAUACCGUCUAAUGGAUCUAUCGUUUCGUCUUCAAUUGCUCGUACAAGCUCCAGUUUAACAGGUUUAAAGCUGCAAUCACAGGAGAAGAAGAAGAUGAAGGUUCAUGCAGUGGAUCACUUGGCACUCUUUAGUCGACACGCAGACCCGACGGUGCAAAGUCCACAGUCAAGAGUAACGUCCGUGUCUGAAUAUACUUCUAUUGGUGCUACUUUGGUAGAAAAGAGACCAUCUACAUGUCAAGAUCGACAACAGAUAGAGGACUUUAAUGUACCAUGGACGACAAAUCGAGAAGUGGGAGACGGGGUUGUGGACUUGACACUUGUAGAGCAUGUAGCGAGGUUAGAGAUGGUGGAGGGAGAUGAUAUUUUGCAGACGCUUAUGAGAGUAAGCACACCACGAGUGAAGCGCAGAUUCUCGUCGGAAAAGGCUUUGACCGAUAGUGAACAGCGAGAUCGAGAGAUCUUACGUCGACGACGACUUAAGCUACGGAGUCAAUAUUCAGCAAUGAAAGAUAAGCAGCCAUGUGACGAUCGACAGAUCAGACAUGUUGACUUUGGAGUUGUGCGGCUGAAUCCAGUGGAAGAAAACAGUCGUUUACAACCUGAGGAGUGUGAACAGACAGAAAGUGUGAAAAUUGAAGACGAAACAAUGGAAGGGGUGGAGGCGAAGGAGGUGAUUGAGGAUGAAGAUGAGACCGACGAGGAAACUACUGAGAGCAAGAUCAACCGUCUGAGCAAGAUAGUGCACAUGAAGUGGCGGCAACUUUUUGUGUGGCUUGUGUCAGGUGCAAUUUUGCUCUGUGCGAUAGUUGUGGCUGCACCAUUUGUGAAGAAAUUGAUGAAGCCACUACUGCCAUAUUGUGAUAGCGAAUGGACCGAGGUUGCUGAAGGGUCCUACGUCGUGGUUGAUCCAGUGAGCAAUUUUGAUCGAUCAAAGGCGCUUCAGCCAUUUAUCAGCCCUUCUUCGGUAGCUACACGCACCUCUGAACCCGUGUGUCAACCAUGUCCCGUGUAUGGUAACUGCCUCAACGGCUUUGUAAUUUCGUGCGCUUCACCGUAUGAACUGCAGAAUGGAUUGUGUAAGGAGAGCCCAGAAGUGCAGGCGAAUGUUGACCAGCUUGCGCGUAGUAUACAGAAAUUUGUAGUUGAAAAGGCUUCGAAAAGCGCGUGUGGCAAUGUGUCAUUGUGGCGCUACCUGAACUCAGGUAAUGGAUUGGGGCCCAUGAGUGACGUCACGGCAUCGAUCGAAGUGCAGCUUUCGGAUGUGCAAAUAUUGGUGACAGAAACACUUUUGUUUGGGAAGGCUGUGUCCAAUUUGCCCCGUGAUUACGUGUUCAAUCGUGCGUUAGACAUGGCACUGCGCGACCUUAAGGAUGUUUUUGUGACCGAGGACCAGAGUCAGCUCGUUGUGGGUGGAAAUGUUGUGCCCUGGUCAUGCCGCGCCAAACAUCAACUAUACGCUUACAUUAAGCUCAUUGGAUUAGCUGUCACACUAGGGACAGUGCUAGUCUUUGCGUACAGACAAUUUCUCUUAUACCGUACGGAACGCCAGCUCGUGGAUCGGUUUGUUAAAGAGGCGCGUUUUUUUCUCUUGGACCGGACGCGCCGGCCAGAUCGGUUGUACCCGGCGAACCAUCUCCGCGACGACUUGUUUGAGAAACAAUCUCUCCAAGACCGAAAAUGGCUUUGCAAGUCCGUUUGGCCGAAAGUUGCUGCCGUUUUGAAGGAUGAUUCUCGUAUAGGCAUGCGGGUGAUGAGAGUGCGAGGUGAAAACAUGGUUGUGUGGGAAUGGGCUUCGUCAUCAUCACUAAAGUACCGGCGGGGUGGAGUUAAUCGAAGUCGGAAUUUUUACGCCGCCUCUAGGUCACAGGAAGAAACUGAUGAUGAUACUGGUAGACGUGUGCCAUCACGCCGACGUAACAAGGGCAGUCAAAUGAGUCUUUGA